AUGUCAAUAGAGCUGCUUUUCCCUUCAUGCCUGCAGAUAUUCUUUGGAAACGUGGAUGGAGUGAGCGUGAAAGACAAUGCCUUCGACCCGCCCAUUGUAGCCCGUUAUCUCCGACUCCACCCCACGCACUUCAACUUUCGCAACACUUUGAGGAUGGAGCUGCUAGGCUGUGACCUGAACAGCUGCUCCAUGCCACUAGGAAUAGAGAGCAACUCCAUUUCUAAUGAACAGAUUACUGCCUCCUCUUGGGUUGACAAUGCAUUCGCUACUUGGUCUCCCUUUUUGGCCCGGCUCAAUUUGAAAGGAAGAAUAAAUGCAUGGAGACCAACGGUUGACAGCACAGCGGAGUGGCUUCAAGUGAAUUUUAAGAAGACGUUGCGGGUGACGGGACUAAUAACUCAAGGUGCCAAGUCUGUCUUCACCCAUAUGUUUGUAAAGGAGUUUACUCUUUCCAGCAGCAUGGAUGGAAAAAACUGGACACCCGUUCUUCAACAUGGGGAGAAACAGGUUUUCCAGGGAAAUCACGAUUAUUUCCAGCCCGUGAUGAACUUUCUGGAUGUCCCAUUCUUUGCCAAAUACCUGAGGAUACACCCACUCGUGUGGAACAAACACAUUGCGCUGAGGAUGGAGGUGUUGGGCUGUGACACAGAGCAGAUGGACUAGUCAAGAUGAAGCCCUCUUUGGCUUUUCCUGCAAACGCUCCAACAAGGAGGGUCUUCCCCUGCACAGCCCACCCCAACAACACAUUUAUCAUCACAAAAUAAACUUCAGUGACUUUCCUGUUUUUGAGAACGGUGUUAAGGAACGACGUGAAGUCUCUGCAAAAUGUUGCAAUAGUAUAACACUUGGCAUUUGUGGACUGCGGGUUUCGUUAGGAUCGCAUUUGGGAAUUUAUGAACGGCAAUAUAUCUUCUC